CGGCGGCCUCGGCGUCCGUCUCCUGAGUUGAAGCGUCUCUGCUGCUCUGGAGGACGAAAUAUCAGAGUAUCAGUGGAUGUUCGUCGUCCAGAGCCGACUGUCCUGCGGGGGUCGGCGCUGUAGAGGUCAGCUCGCUCAGCCUCGGCCUCUCAGGGCGAGACGUCGACCCAGAGUGAAGCUGAGCCUUCAUCAGUCCCUUCACCCUGAUCCUGGUGGUCCGGACCCCCCUUCAGAAAAACAUCGCUGAGUCCAGGAAGGACGUAGAAAUCCUCAGGAGUGUCCCUGACCUCUGACCUCUGACCUCUGCAGGGACCCGUCCACGGUCGUGUAAAACACCCGCUGCUGUCGCCGUUCCGUCUCGGUCUGCAGUGUGGGGGAGCUAAACCGCGGUUGUAACCAGGACGGCAGCUGGUCAUCGGUGCCGUCAGCUCCAGUCGUCCACUGAGAGCCGGUCUUCGCUGGCGUUCCCCUGGUCGGGUCCGCAGUGGGAUGCAGGAGCCGCCUGCUGCCCGUUACAGGGACCGAAACGUCCCCAGUCCCAGCUGGCUCUGGGUAAAGACACCGUCCAUCACUGCUGGACCAAGAGGGACACGUUCUCAUUCAUAAUGCAGUCGGGGGGCAUGAUGGGGUCGUUCCGCCGCCCCAGGCCUCGCUUCAUGAGUUCUCCGGUUCUGUCCGACCUGGCGCGGUUCCACGCCAGCACGCCCGGCCUGCAGAUCUCCAACGCCACCGUGUGGAACAGGGUCCAGUCGGCUGUGAUCAGGGUCUUCCAGGGAAAAGCUCUGCAGAACAACGAGCUCUACAGCCUCAACGAGAGCAUCAGGUGGCUUCUGAAGACCGAGAUGGGCUCCUUCAUCAGCGACUACUUCCAGAACCAGCUGCUGACUCGAGGCCUUUCUGGAGUCUUGGACCAGAUUCUCCUCCACAGCAGAGAUGAUGGUGAGGAGCAGCUGGUCGUCCUCACCGACGCCUGGAACCGGUUCUUCACAGAGACCCUCCCCACCCUGCAGGCCAUCUUCUACCCGGUCCAGGGUCAGGAGCUCACUGUGAGGCAGAUGUCUCUGCUGGCCUUCAGAAACCUGGUGCUGCUGCGGCUCCCCCUGCAGGCCGCUGUGGGCGCCGCGGCCCCGCCGCCUCCGGCCUUCCUGCAGAUGCUGCUGGUGUUGCAGGGGGUCCAUGAGUCCGGGGGUCCCAGUCCGGAGUACCUCCAGCUGGAGCGUCUGCUGGAAGCCGUCGUGUCUCCGUAUCUGAGCAACGUGAUUCACAGCAGGAACGACGUGCUGUCAGCAGGCUCGUGUCAUCGGCCGGAGGUCAAGGUCACGCAGCACCGCGGCUCCUCGGACCCCUGGGACUCCGGCUCUCUGUCCCCGCUGGUGGAGAAGGAGGGCGAGGCGUACCUGGAGAAGGCCGGCGGCGUGCGGCGCCACACGGUGGCCAACCCCCACUCCGACGUGCGCCUCCUGCUGGCGUCCAGCAUGAUGCAUGCUGGGAGGGGCGGGGCUUCAGGGCCCCCCAGAGACAGUGGACACCAGAGAACAGAGACGAGCGAGGAGACACCAGGAGACGGAGCGCAGACGGGGGGGACGUCUGGGAGGGACGGGGACUGAACUCAGCUGGACCGUCUCUCUCCUCCUCA